AUGCCAGGACAGGACAUGGCAAGGCACGCCCUCUCGAGAAGUCAGAAUUCCAAUGCCCCCUUCCCGGCGCGACACCUACGUCAUGCGGUCUCUCACGCUGGCCGCCCGUUCAGGCUUCCUGUCUGGUCGUCGCGCGCAUCCCUUGUUCGUGACGCUCGACGACCCGUGGCCGUACAUCCCGUGACCACGACGCCUUUUGUACCACCCUCCUCUCAGCUUUCUCCAUGGACCCCCCUUGUCUCAUUUCUCUGCGUCGCUCUCCUUCACCGUGAACCCAUCGCCGCCGCCACCAUCACCACCACCCCCUUAUUAUUCUUCCCCGUAUUCAGCCGGCAGGUGCAAGGCCAGUAG